AGUGGUCACGCUGAAUACAUUGCAGUUAAAUUGCUUGGAGUCGAGUUGACUUGGGGCCGAGUUGACCUGCUUCCGAAUAAGCCAAAUGAGAUGGGUGAUCGCUCUAUAAAUACACUUCAAUGUUGUGUGGAAACUGUCCCAUAUUUAACGGUUUCCUAAUUAUUUAGAUCAGAUGUCUGGUUUGUGUGCUCUUCAGGCAUACGACUCAAGCGAAAAUGAUUCUGAUGAGGAUCAUUACCAAUAUCAACGUAGCAAAUGCCUAGGCCAGACCUCGAACAACGUCGGGCGUACAACAAUGGUAGUGGUACCUGGUAGGGGCGCUGAUGAGCCUGGGCCUAACGUCAGCAGUAGUAAUACUAGGCCUAAUCAUACAGAACAUGCUUCAGAUGGGAGAAAUACUUUACUGCCACUGCCAGAUGAAGUGCUUUCAAUGUUUGGUGGAGAUGAUGUAACUGAUGCGGAUAAGUUGUCCUGUCAUCAAGGACGUGUUCGAUCUUUUCCUCAUGAAGAGGGGAGUUGGGCUACUUAUGUUUAUGUGCCAAUCAGUGUGACCCACGAGUUUGAGAAUCUUGUGUCAGCCUUACUUGAUUGCAUUCCUGGAAAGUGUAAGAUGCACCCAGUGGAGAUGUUUCAUCUAAGUGUAUCACGGACAGUUACAUUGAAAUAUCACUGGAUCAGACCAUUUGUUGAAUCUGUUUCCAACAGACUUGCCUUCUUACCGCAAUUUGUGUGUGCAUUUGGGAAGCCACAUGUCUAUGUUAAUGACGAGUCAACAAGAUCUUUUCUUAGUCUUACCAUAAGUCAAGGGGUGAAGGAACUACAAGACAUUGUUAAAGAAGUGGAUUUAGCUCUUGAGGAAUUUAAUCUACCAUCAUUCUAUAAGCCAGCAUCAUUUCAUGUCAGUAUAGGAUGGUGCCUAGGAGACAUAUCCCAACACUUGUCAAUAGAUCUUUUGCGUAAUUUAGAGAGAUGUUUCCUUGAGCACUUUUCAUCAAAGGCAUCGGUUUGGAAGGUCAAUAACCUCUGCAGCAAGAUUGGUAACAAAUAUUUCACAUUUCCACUUGCAUGAUGUCAUAGAAUCUCCAGAGGAAUAAACGUAUUUAACAGAGCUGUGGAUGGUUCAUGAUGUUCGUUGUUGUACAGUACUGUUGCACUAUUUUUAUCAUCAAUCCCGAAGAGCAUCACAAAUGCAUACAGUUAUUCAACCUUAGUCAGUUGUUAUCUGCAACUAAUUUAGGCUUUGACUUUACAAAACAACAAAAGAUGUAAUUUUUUACAGUAUUUUUUAUCAAGCUUAUCUGAACAAUUUGUACAGUAUAUAAAUAAGAAUAUGUAAUAUAGAAAAUACAAAUGGUUUUCAUAAAAAUUGUUUUUUGUAUUCAUCAUUCUUGUUUAAGCUGGAAGACAGAUUUAAUAAUGUUAAAAAUCUAUAUAAAAUUGUUAUUCUGCUCAACAUGUACAUUAUUGAAGGAAACUGAUAUACACUAUACAAUAUAUCCAAUGCAUUAAAGGUUGGUGCCUAGACA